CAUAAACACAGAAUAAUUAUAUUAGACAAGUAUAGCUCUAUUGAUGUUCAGUUGGUAUUUUGAUAUUUCAUAAAAUAGAUCUACUAUUUUAUAUUUGGACUCUAUUUUGAUGCCUUAAAGCCUACCACACCCUCCAGGGCUAUAGUAAUGAACAUUAUUUUCACAAAUUAUUUAUAGUGUGCGGAAUAUUUUUCCAUUGAGUUCUGUUUAUUUGAGCAUUUGAUGCAAAGUUUUGUGAUUUUUUUGUUGAAAUUAUUAUUUUAUUUUAGAAGUGUUUAAAAGUGUUUCUUAAAGUUUGUAAAAAUGGUUGACGGAAUCGGAAAGAGUGUUAAAUAUGCGAUGUUUGCCGUAAACGGGAUUAUAUUUAUUGGAGGUCUGGUAGUGUUUUCAGUGGGCGUAUGGACUUUAGCCGACCGUUCAUUUAUGGAGCGAUUGCUGGGCAGCAGUCUAUACGUUGCGUCGGCAGCGCUAUUGAUUGCCGCCGGAGUGAUUGUGGCCAUCAUUUCAUUCUUAGGCUCUUUUGGCGCCUAUAAGGAGAUCCGUUGUAUGCUCUUAACGUUUUUCAUCAUUUUAUUCUUCCUCUUCAUCCUUAUGCUUGUCGGAGGAAUCCUGGGAUAUGUGUUCAGGAAUCAGGUUGACGACCGGAUGUACAGAGAAAUGAUAACAACUGUUGCACUCUAUAACAACGAUUCUGCGGUCACUGAAGCGUGGGAUUCCGUACAAAAGAAUUUCAAAUGUUGCGGAAUGUCAGUAAACGGCGCCAAACCGUAUGAAAUAUAUCAGAGACAGAAUAGAGGAAGUUUUGGUGGCGGCGCCGGAAGACCUAAAGUGCCCAUC